AUGUUGAAACAAUUAUUUAGAACGUAUAUCACAAGACCAAAACUGGUCGCACCAUCCACCAUAUCGCCCUCAAUAAGCCCUGAUUUGCUAAAAUCAACCUCUAAUUCCAUAGCGUCCAAACAGAACAAUGUGUCCCAAAGAUUAUCCAACAAAUGGUUGCCCCACAGGACAGGUGUCAUUGGUAAAAAAUUAGGCAUGUCUCCCUUCUUCGACCUUGAGACAGGCCACAGGAUAGCAUGCACCGUUGUAGAAUUGAAUAACGUGGAAGUCCUUUUGCAUAGAACCCCCGAGGUUAAUGGGUAUUGGGCUUUACAAGUCGGGUAUGGUAACUUAGAUAACCCGUUGAGAGAGACGCGACAAAUGCUGGGACAUUUCGCUAAAAUCGGUGUCAAUCCAAAGGAAAAAGUCUGUGAGUUCCAGUUCGCUGACUCAAAUGGACUACUGCCUGUGGGGACUCUUUUGAAACCCUCCUUUUUCAAAUUAAACCAAUUUGUGGAUUGUCAAUCUGUCUCCAAGGGUAAAGGUUUUGCUGGUGUUAUGAAACGUCACAAUUUUAAAGGCCAACCUGCAUCACACGGUAACUCUUUGACCCAUAGACAUGGUGGAUCAUACGGUCAGCAUCAAGAUCCAGGUAGGAUCUUGCCUGGUAAGAAAAUGCCCGGUAGAAUGGGUGGUCACAAUGUCACUCUGCAGAACCUACAAGUUAUGAAAAUCGAUGACGUUAAUAGUGUAUUGUGGAUUAAAGGUGCUAUCCCUGGUCCAAAGGGUUCCUUUGUUAAAAUACAGGAUUCCUUUAAACGACCACCAACCUUAUAA